AUGUUCUUCGCCUUCGCCUUCUCCAUCACCAUGGCCGGCAAAAAUCGCACUUUGAACAAACUACAAGUCAGCGCCGUGGCGACCAUCCUUGCUCAAGAGUUUGCGGCCGUCGUCCGUGACUCAGAUCCCACUUUCACUCGCGGGUUUGCUGCCGUCAGUGGCUGGGUGCGAGAGCGCAAGCUGCGGCUUUUCGCCGAGGAUCCGUGCUUUCAAACGUGGCUGGUUCUUCAAGCAGAGAAGGCUUACAAGAAGGCGGUCGACUCAAAGUUUCGCAACUAUUAUCACAAGUUGCGAGCGGUGGGCUCCGGCCGUACUUGUUCAGGUGGCCCCCUCAAUAACAAACUUGCGCCUCGGUCUUCCGACAAACAGCUCCACAAAAUCAAUAUUGAGUACAAGCCCUCCGACGAGACUGUCGACCGUGGUACCGGAUCAGGUGAUGCGAAGUUGAACCAGUUGUGGUUGGGCUUGAAGAACGACGUUCGUCCUCAGUACGUGCAGAAGAGUCAGGGGCGUAUACCCAAAACCAACCAUAAUGUUGGUCUUCUGGCGUCUAACAUCGAGUCCUCAUUAGAGUCGCUUUGCAGGGAUAAGGCGCUGGAAGGCAUGGUGGCUCUGACAUUUCUCGGUUACCGUGAUGAGGCGGGCACGAUCCAGCUUUCUCUGUGCAAUGGGCGCCCUGACGAUCUCACUCUUCAACUGGUUGAAGUGGGCCGACUGUCGGCAGAAACGAGUCAUCCCUGA